AUGGCGGCAGAGAUGAUGCUCGAGUCCAUCGAGGAGAUGACCACUAACGUGGACGCCGUUCAAGAGCGGGGGCUGGCGGACAUCCUCGCCCGCAACGGCGACGCCGAGUACCUUGCGAAAUGUGGCCUCGCCGGCGCCGGCGCUUCCGACCGAGCCACUUUCCGUCCCAAGGUGCCCAUGGCGACGUCUGACGACUUGAAGCGUACAACCUGCGCGAUCACCAACGGCGACAGGUCGCCCAUCCUGUCGAGCUCCGUGCACCCCAUUUCCGAGUUCAACGAGCGGGGGCUGGCGGACAUCCUCGCCCGCAACGGCGACGCCGAGUACCUUGCGAAAUGUGGCCUCGCCGGCGCCGGCGAUUCCGACCGAGCCACUUUCCGUCCCAAGGUGCCCAUGGCGACGUACGACGACUUGAAGCAGUACAACCUGCGCAUCGCCAACGGCGACAGGUCGCCCAUCCUGUCAGGCUCCGUGCACCCCAUUUCCGAGUUCAACGUCAGCUCCGGCACGUCGGACGGCGAGCCCAAGCUGAUCCCGGCGGUCAAGGAUGAGGAGCGGGGGCUGGCGGACAUCCUCGCCCGCAACGGCGACGCCGAGUACCUUGCGAAAUGUGGCCUCGCCGGCGCUGGCGCUUCCGACCGAGCCACUUUCCGUCCCAAGGUGCCCAUGGCGACGUACGACGACUUGAAGCAGUACAACCUGCGCAUCGCCAACGGCGACAGGUCGCCCAUCCUGUCAGGCUCGGUGCACCCCAUUUCCGAGUUCAACGUCUGCUCCGGCACGUCAGACGGCGAGCCCAAGCUGAUCUCGGCCGUCAAGGAUGAGGAGCGGGGGCUGGCGGACAUCCUCGCCCGCAACGGCGACGCCGAGUACCUUGCGAAAUGUGGCCUCGCCGGCGCCGGCACUUCCGACCGAGCCACUUUCCGUCCCAAGGUGCCCAUGGCGACGUACGACGACUUGAAGCUGUACAACCUGCGCAUCGCCAACGGCGACAGGUCGCCCAUCCUGUCAGGCUCCGUGCACCCCAUUUCCGAGUUCAACGUCAGCUCCGGCAUGUCGGACGGCGAGCCCAAGCUGAUCUCGGCCGUCAAGGAUGAGGAGCGGGGGCUGGCGGACAUCCUCGCCCGCAACGGCGACGCCGAGUACCUUGCGAAAUGUGGCCUCGCCGGCGCUGGCACUUCCGACCGAGCCACUUUCCGUCCCAAGGUGCCCAUGGCGACGUACGACGACUUGAAGCAGUACAACCUGCGCAUCGCCAACGGCGACAGGUCGCCCAUCCUGUCAGGCUCCGUGCACCCCAUUUCCGAGUUCAACGUCAGCUCCGGCACGUCGGACGGCGAGCCCAAGCUGAUCUCGGCCGUCAAGGAUGAGGAGCGGGGGCUGGCGGACAUCCUCGCCCGCAACGGCGACGCCGAGUACCUUGCGAAAUGUGGCCUCGCCGGCGCUGGCGCUUCCGACCGAGCCACUUUCCGUCCCAAGGUGCCCAUGGCGACGUACGACGACUUGAAGCAGUACAACCUGCGCAUCGCCAACGGCGACAGGUCGCCCAUCCUGUCAGGCUCCGUGCACCCCAUUUCCGAGUUCAACGUCAGCUCCGGCACGUCGGACGGCGAGCCCAAGCUGAUCUCGGCCGUCAAGGAUGAGGUCGACUGCCGCAUGCUACUCCAUGGCCUCGUCAUGGCAGUCACAAACCAGUAA